GGCAGCGCCGGGCUGGGGCGGCCCCGGGAAGGCGAUGAGCGGGUUCGGGGCUGCCGGAGAGCUGCCGGGCUGGGGGCCGGACGGCCCCAGCGGCCGAGGCGAGAUCUUUUUCCCCGAGGAGGCGCACGCCGCGGCACCUGCGGAUUUCCUGCAGGAGCUGCCCAGCUACCGCUCCGUGCUGAGGCGCCGGGCCGGCCCCGCGGGCGGCCAGGACCCGCAGGGCUCGGUGGGGCCCCGAGCUGGAGAGGCGCGGGGGCCGCAGCCCGAGGGAGCCGAGCUGGCCGCUCGCCCCGUGAGGGAGCACGCCUUGAGCAUCGCGGAGAAGAGGAGGUUAAGGGAUUAUCAGCAGGCCGAUAUAAAAUAUUUAUCUGGAUGGAAUCAGUGGAAAAGAACUAGUAGUAAAUCAUGGAAAAAAGUCCUCAAGGAUAUCAAGGAAUCGUUAUCUUACUUGCAGCUUUGGCGGCAUGAUAUUCACAGCAUAGAAGGGAAAUUUGGUACUGGCAUCCAGUCCUACUUCUCCUUCCUCCGUUUUCUGGUCCUGCUGAAUUUUUUAAUAUUUAUCCUGAUGUUUGGUUUUGUUACCCUUCCCACUGUCAUCUCUAAAUAUGGAAUUUUCAACAGUAGUUUUGCUAAAAUUUCUCCAAAGAGCACAGACUCUCUCUGCACAGUUUAUACACCUAGUGGUAAUAAGGGACUUGUUUACUUCUAUACUUACCUCAAAGAUUUGCUCACUGGAACUGGAUUCCUGGAAACAACAAGUUUGUUUUAUGGCUAUUACACAAUAGAUGCUGCGUUGCUCAGUAUCAUGAGAUACAACUUACCACUAGCAUACCUGCUGACUACAUUUGCCUACCUUGCACUAAGUCUUGUCUGGAUAAUAAAAAGGUCUGUGUCAGGAUUUAAGCAGAGUUUGGUGCAUGAUGAAGAUCAGUUUCAGAGCUACUGUAACAAGGUCUUUGCAGGCUGGGACUUCUGCAUUACAGAUCUAAACGCAGCACGGCUAAAACAUCGCAGCUUGCAGUACGAGCUCCAAACAGACUUGGAGGAAGAAAGAAUUAAACGAAAAAUAGCCGACAGGACAAUGAAAGAAAAGCUACGCAUCUACUCUCUGAGAAUAUUUCUAAAUAUAAUUGUUCUUGCAGUUUUAUCGGGAUGUUUUUACUCUAUUUAUAGAGCAACUGUCUUCUCUCAAGAGAAGUCCAAUAACAGCAGCAGUACGAACUUGCAGACUAAUCUCUUAGUUCAGUAUUUGCCUUCAAUGGUGAUCACGUUGGCCAACUUCGUUGCUCCUCAGAUCUUUUCAAUUCUGAUCAGAUUUGAAGAUUACUCACCAGCCUUUGAAAUCAAGCUGACACUGUUGAGGUGUGUCUUUGUGCGGUUGGCCAAUAUUGGUGUUCUCUUGUUCUCACUGUGGAGUCAGAUCCACUGUGCCAAUGACAGCUGUAAGGCCUGUGGAUACAAUUAUGAACUUUAUCCUUGCUGGGAGUCUGCAGUUGGGCAAGAAAUGUAUAAGCUGUUGAUAUUUGAUUUCAUGAUAAUUCUUGCUGUGACACUUUUUAUGGACUUUCCUAGGAUGUUAUUAGUUACUCAUUGCUCGUGGAAGCCAGUUCAGUGGUGUGGUUUGCAGGAAUUUGGGAUUUCUGACAACGUCCUGGAAAUCAUUUACGGACAGACUAUCUGCUGGAUUGGAACCUUCUUUUCACCACUUCUUCCUGCAAUAGCAACUAUAAAAUACUUCAUCAUCUUUUACGUUAAAAAGAUCAGCUUGAUACAUACGCGAAAGCCUCCAGGUAGGCCUAUCAGAGCAUCGAGUUCCAAUUUUUUCUUCUUGGUAGUGCUGUUGAUUGGGCUCGUCUUGGCUUUUAUCCCUUUGGGAAUCAGCAUAGCACAUAUCCCCUCCUCUAAGGCAUGUGGGCCAUUCAGGAAUUUUAACACUUCAUGGGCAGUUGUUCCAGAUACAAUACUCGGGUUUCCAACAGGUCUACAGAAGGUCCUUAAUGGCAUAGCAUCAGAAGCCUUUGCAGUACCCUUUUUUAUGGUUAUCUGCCUUAUUAUGUUCUAUUUUAUUGCCUUGGCUGGAGCCCAUAGAAGAGUGGUUGAGCAGCUGAGGGAACAACUGGUUAUGGAGAGUCGUGACAAGUUGUUCCUAAUCAGAAAAAUAACAGAAGCUCAGAAGUGUACUUGAAAACCACAAAAAGCCAGAAGAACUUGACUUCCUGACACUCCUGGAAUCACUAGGUAAGAAGAGAACAUUGGCAUAAUGUGAAAACUGCGAAGCUGACUGGCACUGUGGCACUGCAUUCUCUGUCAUGAAUACUUAACGUUCUUCAUGUUGAUUAUGCUAGUAGGCCUUAAAGUUUCCAAGACUGGAAUGUUGCUUAUUUGUACUGUGUUAGACCUCACCAAAAAUUGUACAGUAGGACACUUACUGGUGCUGCAAUUUCAAGGUUGUUAAGGUUUAUGAUAAGUACCUGUUUUUUUUCAGGUGUUUCUGGUAAAAUGUAAUCAGAACUGAAACUUUUUAAAAAAGUUUGUACUGUUUUUAUGAAUUAUGCUUUAAGAACUGGUGAGGGGAGAAGUGUGAUUUUACAUGUUUCCUACUCACUUAUCUUAUAAAACCAAAGCAAAGUGACUUAAUGUCAGCAUUUUGAAAUAGUCCAUAGGAGAAGAAACAUGUAAUGGGUUUGAAAUCAGCUUUGUAAAUUUUUAGAGAGACUUUGAUAUUUAUUUUGCUCUGAGAUAGUAAGGCCAGUUGAACACUAGAUAAAAUGGUUUAGAGAAAACCAGCAGAGGAGAGUUCUGCCUAAACACUGUGAGUAGGGAGAAACCGGCAGCUGUCAGGUCACCAAGGGGUGUCCUCGCUGCCAGUCUCAUGGGCAUAGAGUAGCCUUUUUUAACAUGUGUAAGGCUUUAUUAUUUGCCUUCAUUCGUGUACAGAUGUCUUGAAGCCUGCUCUUCUUGUUCUAAACUGUGAAUAUUUGAGAGUUAUGCUAUUUGUAGUUAAAAAUACAGCAUUCAGAAACUUAUAUGGCAGUAUCCUUUAAAUUCUUAGUUAAUUGAGGUGACGGAGCUGUGUGACUCAGAAUACUGUUUCUAGGUAGCCUACUAUUAUUUAAAGAUUGUUCUUCUCAAGAACUUGUGUAAAGAAUGCGUACAUAACUUGAAAUUUCUGUCAGGACACUGGUAGUUGACGAGAUACCAUGUUCUUUUUAUGGAAUGUUUUGUUAUGUUCUCUGUCUUCAUUUCUAAGAAAUUAACGUGUAAUAAAUGAGUCUUCUUUUUAAACCC